AUGUUUAUGGCAAGAUCCGAAUACGGCAAGCUGCCCAUCAAUGCUCCGAGCUGUUCCAGAGAGGUUCUCCUGCUAACCUGUUCUCGUUUUCUUCCAGAUCGGGGAAUCAACACCUUCUCCCCCGAGGGUCGUCUCUUCCAGGUCGAAUACUCGCUCGAAGCCAUCAAGCUGGGUUCCACCGCCAUCGGCGUCGCCACCUCCGAAGGUGUCAUCCUUGGCGUCGAGAAGCGAGUCACCUCCACCCUCCUCGAGACCUCCUCCGUCGAGAAGAUUGUCGAGGUCGAUCGCCACAUCGGCUGUGCCAUGUCUGGCCUCCAGGCCGACGCCCGCUCCAUGGUGGAGCACGCCCGCGUCGAGUGCCAGAGCCACGCGUUCAACUACAACGAGCCCCUCAGCGUUGAGAGCUGCACCCAGGCCAUCUGCGACCUGGCCCUCCGAUUCGGUGAGGGUGCCGAAGGUGAGGAGACGGUCAUGAGCAGGCCGUUCGGCGUUGCCCUCCUGAUCGCCGGCUUCGAUGAGAAGGGACCCCAGCUGUUCCACGCGGAACCCAGCGGUACUUUCUACCGCUAUGAUGCCAAGGCCAUCGGCUCCGGCUCGGAGGGUGCUCAAGCCGAGUUGCAGAACGAGUAUCACAAGUCUCUAACCAUUACCGAUGCCGAGACCUUGGUUCUGAAGACCUUGAAACAGGUCAUGGAGGAGAAGCUGGAUUCCAAGAACGUACAACUGGCCAGCGUUACGAAAGAAAAGGGCUUCAGGGUAUAUACGGAUGAGGAGAUGGCUGCCGUCGUCCAGCGGCUGCCGACCAACUGA